UUAGCUGUGUGAGCCUGAGUUGCAGCAGCUAGGAGCUGUCCGGAGGCCGGGCCACACGCUCCUCCCCUGUCCCUCAGGGCAACCCUAGGAGGGGAGGGUCGAGCCUAAAGGUAGAUUUUAAGAGGCGGAAUGCUCAAUUCAUCCCUGAGUUACUCUCUCCCCGGGAGGAAAACGACUGUCUGGAAGCCUGCGGUGCUACGAUUUGACUCGCGCUGGUGGCAUUGCUGCGCCCAGGGAUCUGGGUACCAGGGAGUCAGAGCAGUGACCAGAGCAUCAAACUGAAGCCACUGCUCAGCUCCCAAGAUGGCACCACUCAAACUGUCCACGCUUUUCUGCCUCCUCUGCUGUCUCCCACGGGUGCGUCCAUUUCACUGGCAAGAACCGUCUGCGUUUGACUUCAGGCCAUCAGUCAUGUUCCACAAGCUCCAAUCGGUGAUGUCUGCAGCCAACCCUGGCCAUAGUAAAAUCCCCAAAGGAAAUGGAUCUUACCCCGUCGGUUGUACAGACCUGAUGUUCGGUUAUGGGAAUGAGAGCAUCUUCUUGCGUUUGUACUACCCAGCUCAGGAUCAAGGUGGCCUCGACACCAUUUGGAUCCCAAACAAAGAAUAUUUUUUGGGUCUUAGUAUAUUUCUUGGAACACCCAGUAUUGUAGGCAAUAUUUUGCAACUCUUAUACGGUUCUCUGACAACUCCUGCGAGCUGGAAUUCUCCUUUGAGGACAGGAGAAAAAUACCCACUAGUUGUCUUUUCUCAUGGUCUCGGAGCCUUCAGGACGAUCUAUUCUGCUAUUGGCAUUGGCUUGGCAUCUAAUGGGUUUAUAGUGGCCACUGUGGAACAUAGAGACAGAUCCGCAUCGGCAACUUACUAUUUUGAAGACCAGGCUGCCGCAAAAGAGGAAAACAGGUCUUGGUUUUACCUGGAAAAGAUAAAACAAGAGGAGUCGGAAAGAGUUCGGAAAGAGCAGGUUAGGCAAAGAGCAAAAGAAUGUUCCCAGGCUCUCAGUGCAAUUCUUGACCUUGAACAUGGAAAACCAAAAGAGAAUGUACUAGGUUCAGCUUUUGACGUGAAACAGCUGAAGGAUGCUAUUGAUGAGAAUAAAAUAGCUGUGAUUGGGCAUUCUUUUGGAGGGGCGACAGUCAUUCAAGCCCUUAGUGAAGACCAGAGAUUCAGAUGUGGAGUUGCCCUUGAUCCAUGGAUGUACCCGGUGAGUAAUGACCUGUACUCCAGAGUCUCCCAACCUCUCUUCUUUAUCAACUCUGCCCAAUUCCAGACUCCAAAGGACAUCACCAAAAUGAAAAACUUUUACCAGCCUGGCAAGGAAAGGAACAUGAUUACGAUCAAGGGAUCAGUGCACCAGAAUUUUGCUGACUUUACCUUUGUAACUGGCAAAAUCAUUGGAACCAAGCUGACACUGAAAGGAGAAAUAGACUCCAGAGUAGCCAUUGACCUCACCAACAAAGCUUCAUUGGCUUUCUUACAAAAGCAUCUAGGACUUCACAAAGACUUUGAUCAGUGGGACUCUCUGGUGGAAGGAGAUAAUGAGAACCUGAUCCCUGGGUCACCCUUUGACCCAGUCACCCAGUUUCCAGAUCUGCAGCUCUCUCCAUGAUCACACACCCAGAAUUAGAAGAGCUUGCUACACAGUUGCCUUUUAAAAUUAGAGUGAUGCUGAGAGAGAGAGAGAGAGAGAGAGAGAGAGAGAGAGAGAGAGAGAGAGAGAGAAAGAGAGAGAGAGAAAUGUAUUUACCCAAUAAGCAUUUUUAAAUGUACUCUGUAUUAUAGUGAUGAAUGCCUGUCCUAAGAUUUUUCCCCCUGUAAAUGUAACAAACAUAAAAUAGAGAAUACAAGAAUUAUUGCCUAAAUAAUAAUUUUACAUAGCUGGUCCUUUAAGUGUCAAAUGAAAAGCUACAUUUAUAUUUACAUUAAAGUCUCUUGCCGGGAACUAUGUCAGAGAAAACACGUUGUAAAUGACAUAAGAUCCCCAAACUAAACAAUGAAACAGA